UCUUUGCAAUAUAACAUCGACAUCCAUAUCAGCAACCACGUUCCUUACACUAAGUCAUAAAUUUUCGACGUCUAGUUUACCCAUACAUCGAAAUCCAUAAUCAAACACAUCAAAUCAAAGUCGCACAAUAAUAUACAAUUCUAUUCAAUUCAAUCUUUGAAAUAUCAAGCAGUUUGAAUAUCAACCCUCAACAAUGUCCUCCUCGCCAUCUCCAUAUCCCACUUCAAACUACACCCCCCAUCGUAACUCUCAAUCCUACUCUGGUAUAGAUCCGAGUGCACCACCACCACCGCCUAAACCGAAUUCCCGAGAUGUGAGUCGUCAAGGUACACCUGCGGGAACUGGAAAUCAGUCAUUUCCUAGACCUGGAGAAUCAUCAGUGCAAUACGAAGGAAGACAAGAAAAUGUUCCACGAGAACAACCACAACAAAUACAAGAUCCGGGAGAUCAAUGGCUUCCGAAAAUAUUGAUGGAUAAAUCGAAACAAGACCUCGCAUCCGCAUUAUCCAACCCUGCCCUUCUAGCCGCCCUCACACAUUCAACAUCUACCGCACACCCAUCCAUUUCCACAUCACAAGAACCAUUAAAAUCUGCAUUGGAUGAUAAUAUCGCACUAGCAACCCAUCUCUUGGAACUUGAGUCUCGACUCGAUCACCUGCGCUCCUCAACACAAGCUCAAUUAUUAUCUACACAUGCAUUGGAACGUCAAUGGAAACAAAAACAAUCCGAGAUGGAUAGAACCUUAGCUCCCUUCUCACCGAGCUCAUUGUAUCAAAGAUUAGGACAAGGUGCUCAGGAACAAGAAAUGAUAUGUAGGGCAAUGGAAGAAAGUUUUCUGGAGGGUGAUGGAGUUGCUACGGAAAGGGAAGCUAGUGAUUGGGUUAGAAAAUAUAGGGAAUCGAAGAAAGUUUAUUAUUCUAGGAGGGAAAGGAAAGAUAGGUGGGAUGAAGGAAGGGUUGGAGGUUGGAGAUGAUAUGGAGGUUCUCAAAAUAUCAGUCCUUUGGAACCUUGAGCGACGAUCACUUACUUACCACUUGCGACGAGAAGCCCAUCUGGAUAUACAACACGGCCAUAGCAGUCAUGUCAGGAAAACUUUGAGGUACUAUAUUGCAGGAUACAGACUGUCAGUAGCAAAAUAAUUCAAAAACUUAGCACAGCUAUAUUUCCCGAUGAGAGACUACGGAUGUCAAAACGAGGAACACGAGACGACAAAUGAAUACCGGCAUACAAGAACGUCAUGGUUUGGCAACGUUUAUGUACAUAUUCUCGGUUGGCUCCCACGAAUUUUUACAGGUGACGAAUUAUGAAGCAUAGUUUGUGCCACGCCUCGAUUGAAGGCGAUCGAGAAAAAGUAUAAUAUAUCGAUACAUUGUCCACAGAAUAGGAGUCGUGGGGCCGUGGAGAUUUAGAGAUGUACGUGGAGAGAUGGAGGGGAAUGGGGAAAUGGACUUACCCGGUCCUGGAUGAAAGACAUUGAUUAAUCCAAUAACGCAAUAUCGGCAAUCAUCCACACUUCCCCGGCUCCUAAAGAAUCAAGAUUUAUCACCUCUAGUUUUGUACGACUGAUUGGAGAACUUGAAAAGAGCCAAGGAAAUGCGAAUGUUGGUAAAGGUCCGAAUAGAUGGGGUGUAUAGCCAAUCAAAGACAAGCAAUGCAACUACCGGGAGAGGGGAAAGAUUGGUGAGAUGGUAUCUGGUGUUACAUGUUUGGGAUAAAGAUAGAUGCGGCGAAACUCUUAUCUCUCGAAAGUAGCUUGUGGUAUGAUUUGUGGUAUGAAAAGUAGCAAAGACGCAGUACGAGGGUAGAUUAUGCAGUGUAAACGUGUGAAUCGGACGGGUGUUUCCGUUCACACUAGAGAUUUUGCCUGAAUGCUUAGUGGGUGGUCGGUUUCUUUCUUCAAAGAUUUGCCAAAGUGGUUAUGGUGUUACGUCUUUUGGGGAGGGGG